AUGUCACUAAUUAAAGUGCGAGUUUUAGCUUUAAUUGCCUUUUCUCAUCUAACUGAAGCUAAACACAAUCAUGGAGGUGCAAUUGGCUAUAGCUUUGCAAAGUUUUCUGGCCCAGUUUCUGGUCCUGUGAAAGAAGUUCACUCUCAUAGUCCACAUCAUGGACAUACAAUUGAUUACGUAGCUAAACCUGAUUAUCAAUUUGAAUAUGGUGUGGAAGAUCCCAAAACACAAGUUUCACAGUUCAGGAAAGAGAACAGACAAGACGAUGCCGUUGUUGGCGAAUAUUCUUAUACUGAUCCAUUCGGUCAUGUAAGAACAGUUAAAUACACAGCAGAUAAACUUCAUGGCUUUAGAGCUGAGAUUUAUAUCGAUGGAAAAUUAGAAACACCGCAACUACCUUCAACACAACCCGUGACAUCUCACGAUCAACCUCAAGAAGAUUAUAAAGAAAAUGGAGAUUACUCAGGAGAAGAUGAAUAG